CCUAGUCUACAUGUAGAUAAAGUGCAGGUUUCCCAGGCUAUUAGGAACAACAUCUAGUUCCUUCUCUUCAGCACGCUCCUACUGGACAUAUUAGCCCAAGAGAAUAGCAUCUCCUUCUUCAGUGUAGGACCAAGACAAAGCAUAGCCGCAUUUUUCCAAACCGCAGACUCCUUGAUAAGCAGACAUGUCCCUGGUGCUUAUUGUGUCACUUGUGCUGGUUGCUUGUCAUCCAGGAAAAGCGUCCGUCCUCCGCCGUUCGGCAGAAGAACCAGCGGAUGCUCAAGCUUCUCCAGAUAACAGGACAAAUAGAUGCCUGGGAGAUCCACUGCAGAGCGUACGCAAGGUCAUACUGGACUCUCUGAAUCUACAGACCGAGCCUCACGUGUCCGUUCCUGGAAUAGAUCAGAUCCGAGAGCAGUGGAGAACCGUGUUCAAAGGCGCCAGCAACUCAAGCCCCGUCGAGCAACACGCAGCAGACAACACACCACCACCAUCAUCAUCAUCUUCAUCAUCCAGUUGUGGGAAUUCAACACACCUCCAAUGUUGCAAGUUUGCCUCGCAGGUUUUCAUAAAAGAUCUGGGCUGGGAUAAGUGGAUCAUUUACCCGGAGAGCUUCACCCUCGUCCAGUGCAGUGUGUGCGUCCCACAGAAGAAUCAGCGCUUGUUUGAUUGCACUGAUGAUGACCCCUCGGCCCCGGAUCCUCCCUCACAGAAGCCGUGCUGCGAGGCGACCUCCAUCGACACCGUGCCCUUCCUGUACCUGGAUGAAACCAGCAACCUUGUUAUCAGCAUCGUCCCCCUGACCCGCGAGUGCAGCUGCAGCCAUGGUGACGACGCCCAAGCCCUUCAGCCGUGAUAAACGACACGUCGAGUACAAACACCUCCCCCUACCUCUUUACGUCACACAGGUCUGUCACCGUAACGCACCGAUCGGGACAGCUUCCCGAUCAAAGCAACCCCUUUCGCAUCUUUACUCACAUUUUGAUGCCAUCGAAAGCUCUACCAUAAUGGACACUUAAUAUGAAAAUAUUGUAAAAUAAAUAUGAAAUAAAUAUUGUCGAUUUUUUUUUUUUUGCAGAAUAGAAACAAAUGUUAUGAUGUUAAGUAGAUAUUCGUGGUGGUCUUUCACUGAGCGUUCCUGCACAAGGAGACUUUCAAGGUUAAACUGAAAUGAUAACUCUUACUGAAAGUUUUAUUUACAUGAGUAUUUUAUAGCUUCAUAGCUGGAGUCUGGAAAGGGAUUAGAUAGCAGUGACUGGGUGUUCCUUACAAAAAUGUGGGCACUGCAGCAAGCCUAACCAUGCCAGACAUUUCCCAGUCCAGGCCUCUUGGACUAUUUAAACACCAUAAACACGUUAACAUAGCGGAGCUGGCUUACAACAGUAUAAAAAAAAAUAACAAACACACACACACACACACACACACAUACACAAAAACCCCACAUUCCUAAACUACUAUAAGUGCAUAUUUUGUAUUCAUGGCUUUUCACCAUCGUUUCAAGGCUGGUGUUCAGGCGCAGCUGUGCCCCAGUGUUAUUAAGCUAUUUUGUUCUUCUUGGGAAAGGAGCACAGUUAGGACAUUUUGAUUACUUAGUAUAUAUGUGAGGUUUGUAGUAGGUCCAUUUUGUUCCAAACCUGAGAUUAAAGCUGUCGUUAUUUUGUUUUUCAGUGUCUCAAAAAAUACCCCCAAGUAAGAUAUGUAUGGGAUGUAAACCUAUCGUCCCAGUCCGCUAAUUUCACCUUGACUUUGUGUUCUGCCCUCAUGUACACUGUCUUGCUGUGUAUUGACUGAAUGUUCUCACCUUUCAUGCCUUUCUUUUUGUCCUCAAGUGUAAUUCAGGACAUACCUGCAAGGUCUUUAAAAAAACAAAAAAAACAAAAACAUUUUAAAUCACCAAACCAGUAUCUACACCAGUAUUAUCUUACUUUAGAUUGUGUGUAUCAUGUAUUUCAUUAAAUAAACACUUCAUUAAAAAAAAUAUGCACAUGUAAUUUUUUUCCUCUUCAGUUUUAUUGCUUGACGCAUUCAUUCAGAAGCAUAUGCAUAGAAAUAUAGCUUUGCCUUACCUUUUUCUUCUUUCUUCAAAUCAUCUAGUGACACAAAGGGAAGCCAAUAGAAAAUAAUACCGUACAAUUGCUUGGAUACGGAAAAUUCUAUUGUGUUUGUGUCACUUUUUUUUUUUUUUUUUACCUUUAACAUGUUCGUUGGACCUUUCAAAUGUCCGUCACACAUUUUCUCCCUGAAGGAUUCAGUUCAGAGGUUUAUUUAAACAACUUUGGUGACCUUUGCUAGUUUGUUGACUGAAUUACUGCAGAGUAUUUUAUUUCAAUUUCUCUGGCUUUUCAGGCAGCAUUUUUCCCCCCAGGAGUUGGCUGGAACAUCUCUGUAAAACACGCCUCGCGGUUAUAACGUUCAGAAUUGCACCUCAUUGGGCACUCAAGAUCUCUGCCACUGCGGCUUUCUCUCUCUGUCAUUCUCUCUCUCUCUCUCUCUCUCAUUCUCUCUCUCUGUCAUUCUCUCUCUCAUUCUCUCUCUCUGUCAUUCUCUCUCUCUCAUUCUCUCUCUGUCAUUCUCUCUCUCUCUCAUUCUCUCUCUCUCUCAUUCUCUCUCUCUCAUUCUCUCAUUCUCUCUCUCUGUCAUUCUCUCUCAUUCUCUCUCUCUCAUUCUCUCUCUGUCAUUCUCUCUCUCUCUCUCUCUCUCUCAUUCUCUCUCUCGUCGUUCUUUAUGUUCUCUUCUCCAGCUUGCCAGAUUUUGGUACAAAACAAAAGCAAAAUGAUCUCAGCGGCGUUCAGCCAAGCUGAGUGAGUGAAGCAGGUGGGAAGGGGGGGGGGGGGUAAAACCCACACGCGAGCAAGAGCGUCAGGAGAAGUGAGACGUGGUGGAACGAAAUGGCGCACGUGAGCUCUUUCUGGCUGCAGUGGGGAAUGGCGUGUUCCUUGUUUGCUUUGGUGUUUGCUUUGGUGUUUGCUCAAGACAUGUCGUGGGACUGCAGUGACAGGGAUGACAUUCUCAGGGACGCGCCUGUCGACGUGAGCACCCCGUCUCGUUGCACCCUGGACUGCACAGCGCGGACGUACAGAGCGGUUCUGGAGCUGCACAACAGACUUACUAUUCGCUUCACAGACUCACGUGCAGGUGAGAUACGGAGAACCGGAGGAGUACUGCUGGCCCUCCAGGAUAAAAUGCAGCCCUGGCCAACGUCUCCAGAGUGCAUUUAUUCUCCUACCUGUGGACUCAUCUGUAGUGGAUAGAGAUCCCCUCAGACUUCAGAUCAACUCAGAGACUAACGGAGCGACUCUGCGCCAGCACGCCGAGUACUCGCUUCUCCCGGCCGAAUGCGGCCUUCGCUUCGACGUCACAGAGCACAUACCCGCACAAGAGCGCCAGGAAAACCUCUGUGUGAAAAUAAUAGCUCGGGAGCAAAGCACCCUGGGAAACGGGCUAAUGUGUCCGCCGUUCCUGGUCACGACCUGGGAGAAAUGGAAUCGAGGAUAAACGAGCUAGGAAUCCGUUUUCAUCGGUUAUCGCUAUACGUGACGUAAGAUCUGAUGCGCAGUCAUCAGCGAUCAAGGUUUAUUAUCUAAGAGAACACUACGAGCACUUGCUUUGUACAUGUACAUUUCAUUAACUGUUCUAUUGCCUAAUAUCGGAAGGCAUUACGUUUUGUAUAUCCUGCAUAAACUGUUCCACUUCAAGCGGAUUAUAUUUCACGUUCCAUUCAUAGGCGAAAUUCAGAAUGUGUAUCAAACAGGCUCUAUACUUUUCUGAGGAAUAUCUUCUACGUCGAAAGGCCAAGAAAAUCUCAAACUUUUACGGAUUAGGACACAACAACGGAGGAAAAGAAAUGAACUGACUGCGAGACCUCUUGUGUGUGUGUGUGUGUGUGUGUGUGUGUGUGUGUGUGUUUGUUUAUAUAUAGCAAUGUAUUGUUUAAUAUGAGAAGUAAUGCAUAUUGUUCUGAAAGAUAUUUUUCUGUUCACGCAUUCUUAUUCCCAGUUAGUUUGCUGUUCAGCUGUUCUGAAACCAGUUGGUUUAUGUGGAAAAAGAUAUGUUCCUAUUACUUAUUGUCUCUAUAAUCUGUAAUGUACUCUUUUUAGGCAGUCCCUAUAAAUAUCACAAUAAAUAAGUUUGUAUAUUGUACC